CCAGUCAUGAAGCAGAAUUUUGCCUUUGACAACAUCGGCUACGAGGGGAGCGCUGAAAAUAUGCCCUCUCUGCUUCCUCAAACGAGCACCGUCACAGUCAAUAUUUUGGGUAUGACUUGCCAGUCUUGUGUGCAGUCGAUAGAGGGCAGAAUUUCUAAGGUGAAGGGCAUUGUGAGCAUCAAGAUCUCCCUUGAGCAGAGCAAUGCUGUAAUAAAAUAUAUACAGUCAGAAAUAGGUCUCCAAGAGAUUUGCCAGGAAAUUGGAGAAAUGGGCUUUGAUGCCAACAUUGCAGAAGGAAGAACUACAGCAUCAUCUGUAAGAUCGACGUCCUUGGGAGAAGCACUAAUGAAGCUGCGGGUAGAAGGUAUGACAUGCCAAUCUUGUGUCAACAUCAUCGAAGGAAAGAUUGGAAAACUACAUGGUGUCCUGAGAAUCAAAGUCUCCCUCAGUAACCAAGAAGCAGUCAUUGCUUACCAGCCUUACAUCAUUCAACCUGAAGACCUCAAAAACCACAUAGAUAACCUGGGGUAUGAAAGCACGAUUAAGAGCAAGCUAGCCCCAUUAAAGCUUGGUAUGAUUGAUAUAGAACGCUUGCAGACUACAAGCACAAAGAAAACUCCAGCCAGCCUGAACAAUAGCAAUGUGGAGCCAGUGGUGGGCAAAAUGAAUAGUACAACAACUAUGACACUGGGAGUAGAAGGGAUGCACUGCAAGUCUUGCGUCAAAAACAUCGAAGGAAAUAUAUCAGGUCUUCCAGGCGUACGCAGUAUUAAAGUGUCAUUGGAACAUAAAAAUGCUGUUGUGCAAUUUAACCCAAACGUAAUUACCCCAGUAUCUUUGCAACAAGCCAUUGAGGCCCUUCCACCUGGUAACUUUAAAGUAUCCCUCCCUAAUGGAGUGGAAGCAAAUAACGGAGAGCUUUUAUCAAAGGCAGCGUUUUCAUCACCUCAGUUUCGUAGCACGUCCUCUGGGGAUCAGCUGACAAGCACAUCUGUACUUAGUAUUGAUGGAAUGACCUGUGGAUCCUGUGUACAGUCCAUAGAAGGCACAAUGUCCCAAAGGAAAGGGGUACAACAUAUAUCAGUUUCGUUAGCUGAAAGGACUGGAACCAUACGCUACAAUUCAGCUGUAACUAAUUCAGAAGAGCUAAGAGGUGCUAUAGAAGACAUGGGAUUUGAUGCUUCCAUUCUUACAGGUACUUAUAUAACAGAAAAUGUUUCUGAAUCGUCUCAUCAAGGCUACAUGUCUGAUGUCCAGCCAAAGAAUUCUUACCUCAGUAGUCCAAAGCCACCCAAUGUAGCGACAACAGAAAAGUGCUUUAUGCAGAUCACAGGCAUGACCUGCGCAUCAUGUGUGUCAAACAUUGAAAGAAAUCUGCAAAAAGAAGACGGCAUCGUUUCAGUGCUAGUAGCACUGAUGGCAGGAAAAGCGGAGAUAAAAUACAAGCCAGAGAGCAUUCAGCCUCUUGAAAUAGUACAGCUGAUCCAAAACUUGGGCUUCAAUGCUACAGUCAUAGAAGAUCAUACUGCUACAGAUGGCAAUGCAGAGCUUAUUAUUACGGGGAUGACUUGUGCUUCCUGUGUUCACAAUAUUGAAUCCAAACUAACCAGAACUAAUGGCAUCUUCUAUGCCUCGGUAGCGCUUGCUACCAGCAAAGCUCACAUCCAGUUUGAUCCUGAAAUCAUUGGACCUCGAGAUAUUAUACAAAUUAUUGAGGGAAUUGGUUUUCAUGCUUCCUUGGCCAAGAGAGACCCUAAUGCUCAUAACUUGGAUCACAAAAAGGAAAUAAAACAAUGGAGGAAAUCUUUCUUGUGCAGCCUAGUGUUUGGAAUCCCCGUCUUAAUCUUAAUGAUUUAUAUGCUAAUACCUGAUGGCCAACAGCACGGCACUAUGGUGCUGGAACAAAAUCUAAUUCCUGGAUUAUCUAUUUUAAAUCUUCUCUUCUUUGUCUUGUGCACUUUGGUUCAGUUCCUCGGUGGAUGGUACUUUUAUGUCCAAGCCUACAAAUCACUGAAGCACAAAACAGCCAAUAUGGAUGUACUGAUUGUGCUGGCCACAACUAUUGCUUAUAUAUACUCUUGUGUGAUCUUGGUGGUGGCUAUAGCCGAAAAGGCAGAGGAAAGCCCCGUCACGUUCUUUGAUACACCACCCAUGUUAUUCGUAUUCAUUUCUCUUGGGAGAUGGUUGGAACACAUAGCAAAGAGUAAAACAUCAGAAGCACUUGCUAAACUAAUGUCUCUCCAAGCUACUGAAGCUACCAUAGUGACUCUUGGACCUGACCACUCCGUCAUCAGGGAGGAGCAGGUGGCUGUUGAACUGGUUCAGCGGGGUGACAUUGUAAAAGUUGUCCCUGGUGGGAAGUUCCCAGUUGAUGGAAAAGUCAUUGAAGGCAGCUCUAUGGCAGAUGAAUCUCUCAUUACUGGGGAAGCCAUGCCAGUCACUAAAAAACCUGGGAGCACAGUGAUUGCAGGUUCUAUAAAUGCACAUGGCUCAGUUCUUGUUAAUGCAACUCACGUUGGGUCUGACACCACCCUGGCACAAAUUGUGAAAUUGGUAGAAGAAGCUCAGAUGUCAAAGGCACCCAUCCAGCAAUUGGCUGAUAAGUUUAGUGGAUAUUUUGUUCCAUUUAUCAUCAUCAUUUCAACAGUGACAUUGCUAGUGUGGAUCACAAUUGGCUUUAUAAACUUUGAUGUUGUUCAGAAAUACUUCCCUCAUCAGAACAAACACCUCUCAAAAGCUGAAGUAAUACUGAGGUUUGCAUUUCAAACCUCAAUCACUGUGCUGUGCAUUGCAUGCCCCUGUUCCUUGGGCUUGGCUACUCCAACAGCUGUGAUGGUGGGCACAGGCGUUGCUGCCCAGAAUGGUAUUCUCAUCAAAGGUGGAAAACCUCUGGAAAUGGCCCACAAGAUAAAGACUGUGAUGUUCGAUAAAACCGGGACCAUCACCUGUGGCGUUCCUAAAGUCAUGAGGAUGCUCUUGCUAGGGGACAUGGCUAAGCUGUCUCUAAAGAAGGUACUUGCAAUUGUCGGCACUGCAGAAGCCAGCAGUGAGCAUCCCUUAGGAAUGGCUGUCACUAAAUACUGUAAAGAGGAACUUGGCACGGAGAGCCUGGGAUACUGCACAGAUUUUCAGGCAGUCCCAGGCUGUGGAAUCAGCUGUAAAGUCCGCAGUGUGGAAGCUGUACUGGGCCAGAGUGAGCAGAGUGUGAACGAGCAGAAUGCUUACCUGAGCAGUGUCAGCACGAUUUCGCUGGGACACAGUUCAUCGAUCAUGGUCUCUGAAUCUGAUGCAGCCCCUCUGACAUACUCAGUGCUGAUUGGAAAUCGUGAAUGGAUGAGACGGAACGGCUUGCUUAUAUCCAGUGAUGUUAAUGAUGCAAUGACAGGCCAUGAAAUGAAAGGACAGACAGCCAUAUUGGUGGCUAUAGAUGGUGCGUUGUGUGGAAUGAUCGGGAUAGCAGAUACUGUCAAACAGGAGGCAGCGCUUGCUGUGCACACCCUGCAAAAUAUGGGAAUAGAUGUGGUGCUAAUAACAGGGGACAACAGAAAAACUGCAAAAGCAAUUGCUACUCAGGUUGGCAUCAAAAAGGUCUUUGCUGAGGUUCUGCCCUCUCACAAAGUUGCGAAGGUUCAGGAACUCCAGAAUGAAGGGAAGAAGGUUGCUAUGGUUGGAGAUGGAGUCAACGAUUCCCCGGCAUUGGCUGGAGCGGACAUUGGCAUUGCUAUUGGAACAGGCACGGAUGUUGCCAUUGAAGCUGCAGACGUUGUUCUUAUUCGAAAUGACUUACUGGAUGUGGUGGCUAGUAUUCAUCUAUCAAAGAGGACAGUAAGAAGAAUACGAAUAAAUCUGGUCCUUGCCUUAAUUUAUAAUCUGCUUGGGAUACCUAUAGCGGCAGGGGUGUUCAUGCCUAUUGGAAUUGUGCUGCAGCCCUGGAUGGGGUCAGCUGCAAUGGCAGCUUCUUCAGUAUCUGUGGUGCUAUCUUCCCUGCAACUGAAAUGCUACAAGAAGCCAGGAACUGAAAGGUAUGAAGCAAAAGCUCAAGGCCACAUGAAGCCACUGACACCUUCCCAAAUCAGUGUUCACAUUGGGAUGGACGACAGGAGGCGCGAUUCACCCAGGCCAACUGCCUGGGAUCAGAUUAGUCAAGUGUCUCUCUCUUCUCUGACUUCAAACAAGCUGCCCGGACAUGGCGGUUUUAGAGAGGAAGAAGGUGGCAAGUGGUCACUGCUCGCUAAUGACAGAGAUGAAGAACAGUACAUUUAA